AUGUUGCUUUCAACUGCACGUCCAUUCUUGUCAGAGGCUGGUUAUGGGGAACAAUAAUUGGUUACAAAUCCAGCCCUCAUGGAGUUGGACAAAGGUUAGCAGUUUGGGAAGCUUGGCGGGCAAUGUGAAGCGGUGGUCCUCUUCCCCAAACUUUUCCAGAAGUACCCUUUCCCUUUCCCCAUCCUCAUCAACUCUGCCGUCCUGAAACGGGCAGACACCUUCAGACUUGGGAACAACUUUCUGCGCCUCUGUGUGUUGAAGGUGACUCAACAGAGCGAGAAGCACCUUGAGAAGAUUCUCAACGUGGACGAGUUUGUCAUGUUCUCUGUCAUCCACAGCAAUGACCCUGUGACCAGAGCCAUCACUCUAAGGAUGCUUGGCAGUUUGGCCACUAUCAUCCCUGAAAGGAAGAAUGCCCAUCACAGCGUUCACCAAAGUCUAGACUCUCACGACAACGCUGAAGUAGAGGCGGCCAUCUUUGCAUCAGCCUGCUUCUCUGCGCAGUCAAAAGACUUUGCAGCUGGGAUUUGCAACAAAAUCAGUGAAAUGAUUCAAGGUCUGGACGCCCCGGUGGACCUGAAACUGAACCUAAUCCCUAUGCUGCUGCACAUGCAUCACAAUGCCAGCCUGGCCUCCAGCAGCCGGGAGCUGCUUCAACAGCUGGUCACCUCCUACCCCUCCACCCCCAUGGUCAUUGUCACCCUGCACACCUUCACCCAGCUGGCCUCCUCCUCGCACAUCGACAUCCCCAAACAGUUACAGCUCCUUCUCCAGUACCUGAAGGAGGACCCCAGAAAAGCAGUCAAGAGACUGGUCAUCCAGGACUUGAAGCUCCUGGCUAAAAAGGCCCCCCAUCUCUGGAACAGAGAAAACACUCAGGCCUUCACAGAUGACCAGUACAACAUGAUGCAGCUGGAGCAGGACACCGUGAUGGGGGUGGAGUCUCUGCUGGUGCUCUGCAGUCAGGACGACAGCCUCAGAGCUCAGGCCACGCUCAAGCUGGAUAGCACCCUGAUGGUUCUCACCUCAUUGGUCCAGCUGCUGAAGAGUCGCCCCCACCUCAUUCAAUGGGCUGUGGAGUUCCUGCUGUGCCAGCUCCGCGACCCCUCCCGCGUGCUGAUGUGCCACGCCCUGGUGACCAUCGUCACCCAGCUGCCCGUGCUGGGAUAGGGCAUGCUGGGGGAUCUGGUGGACUUCUACCGGGUGGCCAGCCACUCGUUCACCGACAAGCUGCAGGAGCUCCUGGUCUCGCUGGUAUUUGUGGCUAACCAGUCGUCCCUGUCAGCGGAGGUGAAGACGGUGAUCAAGCAGCAGCUGGAGAACGUGGCCAACGGCUGGACGGUGUACCGCAUGUCUCGUCUGGCCGUCUGUUCUCCGUAGGGUUGCCCUGAGUUCUCCAGCGAGCUGGACCAGAGCCUGCGGACGCGUGUGGCCUCGGAGCACUUCUACUUCUGGCUCAACAGUCUGAAGGAGUUCUCCCAGGGCGAGCAGUGUCUGAGUGGCCUGGAGGACGGAGACUACAGCGCCACCAUGACGGCCAUCGCCGAGGCCCUGGGCUCCUACCAGAAAGGCAUCGCCUCCCUCACAGCUGCCAGCACGACCCUAAGCCUGCUGUCAUUCCAAUGUGACUUUGUGAAGCUUCGCAUCGACACACUCCAGGCCCUGUCCCAGCUCAUCAGCACCUGCAACAGUCUCGGGCAACGAGCUUCAGCGCUGAGAACGCAUCGCCAUGCAAUGAGUGUUUCCAUAGAUGAGUUCCGGAGCCUUGCUGCCAGCUACGCUGACCAAUCCUCAUUCGACGCUGACUCUGCCACCCUCCGUAACGUGGAACUACAACAACAGAGCUGCUUGCUGGUGUCCAAUGUCAUUGAGGCUUUGAUACUUGACCCACAUUCUGCUAGUUUCCUGGACUAUGGGACCCUGGACUCGGUGCAGACUGAGAGCGAGUACGAGAGGCAGAUGAUGUCCGUGUUCAACCACAUCCUGGAGAAAGUGGAGGGCCUGAGCAGGAAGCACCCUCCUGUCUCUUACCUGAGGUACUUCUUCCAGAAGCUCCAGUCUACCAGUAUUAAGCUUGCUCUCUCCCCAUCACCUCGGACCCCGACCUAGCCAAUCCCAGUGCAGAACAACCAACAACAUGGUGGACGAGAGCGCAUUGAGUGGAAGACCAUGCCCAAAACCACUGUGUCGGUCAAGUCCUUGGAGGACCUUUACUCCCAGCAGCUCUGCCACCACCAACAGCAGCAGCAGGCACAGCAGGCUAGGCUCGAGCCGGCCCCGGCCCCCCAGAGGAGUAGUGUAUACGCCCACUUCCAGUGA